AAUUGGCCCAAUAUUGGCUAUCAAAACUCUCAAAUGGACCGUCACACAGACUUCGUUGCACCGCCUACUCACCGUGGGCUGCACCUCCGCGACCCACCUCAAUGGCCGCCACCAGGAGAAUGAGAGCAUUCAAGCGAUGGAUGAAGUGUCAAGGCAUUGAAUGCAGCGACGCACUCCAUCUCGCAAUCGCCAAAGGAUCGGCAGAAUCACUCUCUGUCUCAGUCGAAGCUUUGUGUGAUUUGCGCCUGGGCGAUGUGGUGGGGAGGAUUCCCAAGCAGAGUUGCCUUACCGUCAAGACGACUGGUGCCCACCAACUCAUCGAAGAGUCCCAGCUCGGCGGUAAUUUGGGCCUCUCCAUUGCUGUAAUGUACGAGAAGAGCAUCGGCCCUCAAUCGCCCUGGUUCCAAUAUCUCCAGUUAUUGCCCCCCUUCGAGCCCAUUCCAAUGCUCUGGUCCUUCCCUGAAAUUGACUCUUUCCUCUCUGGAACUGAGCUCCACAAGACAGUUAAAGAAGACAAAGCCCUGUUCUAUGAAGACUGGAAAGAGUGUAUUGAACCGCUUCUUGGUUCGGCUUUAUUGGAGCUUAAUCCGAAUUUUUUUAGCAUCCAAGAGUAUUUUACUGCAAGAAGUCUGAUUUCUUCGCGGUCUUUUGAGAUAGACAAAUACCAUGGAUUUGGGAUGGUUCCUUUGGCAGACCUCUUUAAUCACAAGACAGCUGCUGAGGAUGUUCACUUCACAGCCGUAUCUUCUCAUUCUGAAUCAGAAAAUGACUCUGACAUUGACAACAGCGAUAUUGAUAAUGAAAUUGAUGGAGAUGAUGAACCCAUGGCUCAAGAUUCUUAUUCUGAAAAGGAUGGUUUUAGUGGGGGUGAUAUGGGGUCUUCUUGGACUUCAGGGGAUGACCCAACAUUUCUGGAGAUGAUCAUGAUUAAAGAUGUUAAAGCUGGAGCUGAGGUUUUUAACACAUAUGGAUCCUUGGGUAAUGCUGCACUUCUGCACAGAUACGGCUUCACAGAACCCGAUAACCCAUUUGACAUUGUCAAUAUAGAUCUAGAACUUGUCCUUCAGUGGAGUUCAUCUUUAUUUUCAUGUCGCCACAGUAGACGAAGGUUAUCACUGUGGAGAAAAUUGGACUAUUCUGGAUGUUUUAGUGAAAACACCGAAUAUUUUGAAAUCUCAUUUGAUGGGGAACCAGAAGUUGACUUGUUGGUUUUACUUUACAUAAUGUUGUUACCUGAGGAGGAAUAUCAUGAAAUUGAUCUUGCAUUAUCGGCUGUGGGAAAUCUCAACAAAUCUCCAAGCCUCUGUUUCGCAGGAAAAGGGAACAUUCUGUUUGUGAAAGGAUCAAUGAGCAAUAAUUUAUUGCCAACUAAAGAUGUUUGUGAAGCUCUUUUGUCGCUGGCAGAUUCCCGGGAAGCUUUGUAUGGUCUUAGUUCUCUGGAUGAUGACAUUAAAUCAUUGUGUGGGUGUUGCCGCGCAACUGAGUUUAAAUUAUAUCAUUCCUUGAUGUUACGUAUCAGUGAGAGGAAAAUCCUCGAGAAACUGAGAUGUUAUGCUGCUGCUGCUGCUGCUAGAAUUCCGACAACCGGUAAGGGAGCUUAUUCAAGGAGAAAAGUGAAGAGGACAUGAUCUCUGUUAUAGUGAAUAAUUGGAAGUACCCUUUGCAAAUUUAUACGUUUCUGGUACUGAUUGCUACUGCUUUUGUACCAAGCUAUGGAGUCAUUGAAGUUGGAAGAACUCGAGUUACAGAGUUGGAAGAUAUUGCCAUUUAUUUUGAAAUUUUGACAUCUUGCUGGGAUCAUACGAGACUAUGUUGUACGCUACACAUGGAAUUUGAGAUAUAUCUGCCACCGACACUGAAAUUCGUGGUGUUUCUUCAUUACUAGUCUCCAAUGCGUCGACUCUACUUUUAAGGUCAGUGAGCGUAUAACAUAAUAUUGUAAGACGACAAGCUUACUCCCUGUAUCUUCCAAGUGAACAUGCUUACUGGACUAAGUUCGAGAUGCUCGGUGAUAACAACAUUGAAAGUUGACGCAUUAUGUAACUUUUCGGUUGUUGACAUAUUAUCAAUUGGAUAACUUGCUAGCUUAAAACUCUUUAAAGUUGUAUUUUCAUAUUUGAAAGUUGUGUAAGUUAAUUUGAAGUACAAACUUCAUCUC